UCAUUCAUUACAACGUUAUUCUAGCCACGUUCUAAAGUAUUGCAGUAGAACUGAUUAACGGACAACAUGGCACAGUCAAAAUCAGAAUUCGAUGUUUGGGACUGGCUGCUUUUCGGGGCAAUGCUGGUCAUUUCGGCAGGCAUAGGGAUUUUCUAUGCCUUCAUUGGCGGACGACAGGAAACAACCACAGAGUUCCUAAUGGGGGGCCGGAGUAUGCAGCUGAUACCCAUCACUAUUUCCAUGCUAGUCUCUUUCAUGUCAGCCAUCUCGAUUCUCGGAAUCCCCGCGGAGAUGUACAGUCAUGGGACUCAAUAUUUCUUGGAUCUGUUCGGCUUCAUCUUGGCAGCCAUACUUUCUUCCCAGCUGUUUGUGCCUUUGCUGUAUCCUCUUCAGCUGACCAGCUCGUUUGAGUACCUAGAGCUACGGUUCAACUCCAAGGCGGCGAAGCUGACGGGGACGAUCAUGCUGAUCCUACAACAGGUGAUCUACAUGGGCGUGGCUUCCUACGCACCUUCGACUGCACUGGAGGCCGUCACCGGGUUCCCGACCUGGGCCACUAUCAUCACCGUGGGAGUCGUAUCGACCUUCUACACCUUUCUGGGUGGCAUGAAGGCGGUGGUGUGGACGGAUGUGUUCCAGUCUAUAGUAAUGGUGGCUGGAUUGUUGGCAAUCGUCAUUCAGGGAACUCUAUCUGUGGGCGGUAUUGACACUGUGUGGCGGACCAAUAAGGCGUGUAAGAGAAUAUAGUUUUAAAAUUUCAACCCUGACCCCACCCAGCGUCAUCCGUUUUGGUCCAUAAUUGGUAUGAUGGGAUGGACAGCAACGUAUGCGGUCAACCAGGCUAGUGUCCAGCGGUACUGUGCCCUUCCCUCUCUAGGAAAAGCCAAAACUGCAGUUCACCUGAACAUAGUCGGGGUCCUCCUCCUCCUGUGUGUCACAUGUGUAGCCGGUAUAGUGGUGUUCGCUUAUUACGUACAGAAAGGAUGUGACCCCUACACAAACGAUGACGUCAGCAAUACUAACCAGAUCAUUCCAUUCUUUGUGACGGAGACACUGGGAUAUCCAGGAAUCCCCGGUCUGUUUGUGGCCUGUCUGUUCAGUGGCGCUCUCAGCACGAUGUCCUCUUGUUUAAAUGCUCUAUCGGCGGUCACGUGGAAAGAUAUUUUGGAGCCAUUCUUUGGAGAGAAAACAGAAACACAGAAAACCUGGAUCACAAGAAUAUUAGUUGUUAUAUAUGGUGGAGCAGGUAUCGGGAUGGCGUUUAUGACAAUGAACUUAGGCGGGACCGUAUUACAGGCUUCCUUUAGCUUCACUGGCGCCGCCUCCGGUCCAAUACUUGGAAUAUUCGCACUUGGAGCUUUCUUUCCGUGGGCUAACUGGAUAGGAGCUGUAGUCGGGAGUGUUUUCAGUUUGGCUCUUCCUUUCUGGAUCAGUAUUGGUGCCUACAGUGUAGUUGGAGCGCCUAAUUCACUUCCGUUCCCGACAGAGAACUGUACAAAGGCCGAUAACUCCACUCUGUUUGUAAAUAUGACGACUACAACACCACCUGUACCUCCAAUAGAGGGCCUUGACGUCCUAUACACGAUAUCCUACUUGUGGUAUCCAUCCAUAGGCACGGCGACUGUGGUAGUUGUUGGUUUCUUGUCAGUCUAGUCACAGGUCUGACCCCCAAGGAUGAGGUGGAUAGCAAGUAUUUGAUUCCUCUGUUUGACGGAUCUUCUGCUGCCUACCGGGACAGUUCAGACGACGUCUGCAGUGCUAUAUAGAAUUCCAGGAUCCAGAGGACAUUAAAGAAGAACAGGCUGUGGAAUUCUCGGUGGAUGCCGAAAAACCUGUCAUAGUUCUGAUAAAAGCCGAUAGGCUCCGAGAGAAUAUGUAUAUCUCAGAACCAAUCGGAGGGAUUUCUUUCAAGUCUUUGCACACAGCUGAGAUAGGGCAUAAUAACUCUGGAUUCGAAAGCAAUGAGGCACCGUCUUCUUAUUCGAAUACACAGGAGGAUGAAGCACAUAUUACAAAGACAGAAUCAUAAGAGGAUGGUUUAUUACAGAAUAUAUGUUCCCUUUUAAAUUUUCGUCUGUGAUAAAUGAUGAUCCUUGGAAAUACCAUAGACCCCGACAACAGUAAUAGUUAGAUAUCUCGUAACUGUUAGUGCACAUGUAAUACGCCAUCCUUAUGAUUUAGUCCCUUGACCAGGUAUCGAUAGCAAUGCCAACUCAUAUCAACCUAUGUUCUAUUGCAACGUUUUGAUAUCAACACACCAUCAUGACAUGUUGUAAUUUUCAAGUUGAUUGGAUCUAUAUAAGUUAAGCUGAUCGGAUCUAUAUAAGUAAAGUUUAUCAGAUCUAUGUAAGUUAAACUGAUUAGAUCUAUGUAAGUUAAGCUGAUUAGAUGUAUGUAAGUUAAGCUGAUUGGAUCUACAUAAGUUAUGUUUAUUAGAUCUUUGUAAGUUAAGCUGAUUGGAUAUAUAUAAGUUAAGCUGAUUGGAUCUAUGUAAGUUAAGUUGAUUAGAUCUUUGUAAGUUAAGCUAAUUUGAUUUAUACAAGUUAAGCUGAUCGGAUCAAUGUGUGUUAAGCUGAUUAUAUCUUUGUAAGUUAAACUGAUUAGAUCUAAGUAAGUUAAACUGAUAGAGCUAUGUAAGUUAAGCUGAUCGGAUCUAUAUAAGUUAAGCUGAUUAGAUCUAUGUAAGUUAAGCUGAUUAGAUAUAUGUAAGUUAAGAUGAUUAUAUCUAUGUAGGUUAAGUUGACUCAAAGAAAAAGCAAUGGCUUAAAACAGAUAGUUUAAUGAUCAAUGCAUGAUAUAGCGUUUUAGUUACCAGUAAAGAUUGGAUUCAUGAGUUGAGUUUUGCUAGUGUUCAGAUUGUUUUCUUCAAACCUUAUUCUUCUCUGUGUAAAAACAUGGUAAAAAAAAGUUUUGGAAAAGUAAAGAUAACGAACAGUGAUCAAUCUCAUGACUCCUAUAAGGAAUACAAAAUAAUUAGGCAAACACGGACUCAUAGAUAUACCAGCGGUAGGAUGAGGUACAA